ACAUUUCUGUGAAAUGCCGCAGGUAGAAGUGGGAAAAAUUUAUAAAACGAACCAAAAGAGGACCAGCAAAAGGGCAUCACUUUGAAGUGAAGAAUGGCUUCAAGAACACCAACAAAAUCGGAAAUUGUGGCGAAGUUGAAUCUCAAGCCGCAUCCAGAAGGUGGGUUUUACUGCGAAACAUUCAGAGACAACACUAUUGUUCUCUCCAAAUCCCAUCUUCCUCCUCAAUAUAAGGUUGAUCGCCCUGUGAGUACAUCCAUAUACUUCUUGUUGCCUUCUGGGAGUGUUUCUCACCUCCACCGCAUUCCAUGUGCAGAAACUUGGCAUUUUUACUUGGGAGAGCCUAUAACGGUGAUAGAGCUAAAUGAAAAUGAUGGGAGCAUUAAGUUGACAUGCCUUGGAUCCGAUCUACUUGCUGAGAAUCAAGUAGUGCAGCAUAUAGUGCCUCCAAAUGUUUGGUUUGGUGCAUUUCCAACUAAGGAUAUUGAAGUUUCAUCUGACCUCAUAGCAGUCAGAAAAGCCUCAAGGGAUCCUGAAGAGCACUUUUCUCUCGUAGGAUGCACCUGUGCUCCUGCAUUCCAGUUUGAUGAUUUUGAGCUGGCGAAACGUUCUGAGCUCAUUUCAUCUUUUCCCAAGUAUGAGUCUCUUAUCUCUGAGCUCACCUUCCCCGAAUGAAUGCUGCGUUAUUUGUACUGUCUGUAUCACUGGAACAACUGAUAUUUUCACCUAUUUUCUUUGGGUGUUCUUGAGUAUUGCCUUUCAACACAAGUAUAUUUUUCUUCAUUCAGUCUUGGGUAAUUUGGUAGCUUGACCUCAACUUGAUGUCCUAUCUUGCAAGUUGUACUAAGAUCAGUGGUCUCCAUGUGUAGGCUCUUCAUUCAGCUUGUUGGUUAAGUAAGAAUGAUGCCACAUUCAGUGUAUGUGAGUUUCUGAUUAUGCU